AUGACUGAGGCACAAAUUAAGGCUUUAAAAUGUAAGCGGGGUGCAGCAAAGCGGUCAUUAACUAUGUUUGAAAAUUUCUUAAAGCGGUUUAAUCCCGAAGUGGACUUUCCAGUCUUAAGCAAAAGGUUUUCUGAAUUAGAAAAAACCCGCGAAAUCUUUUUAGAAUAUCAAAACGAUUUAGAAUUAUUAGAAGGAGAAGAAGACGAACAAAAAUUGACUGAAAUUCAUCAGCAUAAAGUUGACUUCGAGGAAGCCUAUUUCGAGGCAUACAAAAUCGCGCAUAAACUUCUGUUCCCAGGACCUACAAGUCCUGCUCAAACCUCAUCCUCCGUCGCGGCAACUCCUACUUCUGAUCCAUCAAUUGUAUCGGUUAAUUUAAAUCAAUCGUCAGCAAUUAUCAAUCCUGGGUUGCCGGGCGAUCAUGGGCAAAUUUCAAAUCAAACACCUGAAUCAGUUGCAUCGCUAACUGGUGAGCAAAUUUCAAUGCAAUCUCAGACGCGUGAAUCAGCUUUCCCGUCCUCUAAUGAACAAAUUCCACAACAAAAUCAAACGCGCGAAUCAUUUCCUCCGCAUUCAGAACACCCGGUCAUCACUGCACCCAAUUAUUAUAACACAAGCUAUCUCGGCCUGCCGUCUGUAGAAUUACCUAAAUUCGGUGGUGCUUUUGACGAAUGGAUAGGUUUUCAUGAUUUAUUUGAAUCCUUUAUCCAUGGAGACAAAAAUAUUCCUCCAAUUCGUAAGCUAUAUCAUUUAAAAAGCUGUUUAGUAGGUGAAGCAGCUAGUGUAAUCUCUUCUAUUGAAGCCUCUGCUCAAAAUUAUGAACUGGCUUGGAAUUUAUUAAAAGAUCGUUAUGAUAAUAGAAAGCUCAUGCGAGAGAAAUAUAUUCAGGCAAUACUGGAUAUUUCUCAAAUAUCAAGAGAGUUUUCGACUCAAUCCUUCGUUGACCAUUUGCAAAAAAAUUUGCGUGCUCUCAAAACUUUAGGAGAGCCUAUUGAUGGGUGGAACUCCAUUCUGGUAGUUAUUCUUCGUAAUAAAUUACCAAAUUCUCUUCGUGAUCGCUGGGAGGAGCAUAGCAACAGCUCUCCUAAUCCCACUAUCGAUCAAUUUAUUAAUUUCUUAGCGCGACGUGCUCAAUUCGAAGCCACUCGUGCUCAAGCGUCUAGCUGGAAGCCAGACAGUCAAAAAUCCAAUGCUCGAGCUCCGUCACAGCCGAAACAAGCCUUUUCCUUAGAAGUAUCUCCUGGCCGUUGUCUUCACUGUUCCGACGAUAAUCACUACAUUAGUUCCUGCAAUAAAUUUACCGUCUUAACUCCUUUCGCCAGGUAUGAAAUUGCCAAAAAGAAAGGUUGGUGUACUAACUGCUUGCGUAAUACGCACCAAUCGUCUCAAUGUACGGCUAGCAAGUGUCGCAUCUGUGGCCAGCGUCAUAAUACUCUUUUGCAUUUUGAAAAGUUCAAUAAUUCCUCUCAAAAAACUAACAGAAAUAACUAUAAUAAUAAUAACUAUAAUAAUAGCAACCAUAGCAAUCAUAAUAAUCACACCAGUAGCAAUAAUAAUAAUACAACCAGCCAGAGUGAAUCAAGUGCCCAGGCGCAGACUUCUCGCGUCAACUUGCACGCACUUGUAUCCUCUGAGGCCCUACUAGCCACUGCCAUAGUGGAUAUCGUUAAUCCGCAAGGAAUCUCAAAGGCAUGCAGAGUCUUUUUGGAUGCCGGUUCCCAGGCUCAUUUUAUUACUGAAGCUACAGCUAAUUUUCUAAGGCUUGACCGAACUGAAGUAAACAUAUCGGUCAGUGGUGUCGAUGAUUUAAGUACAAAUAUCAAGCACGCAACUCGCGCUAUCAUAAAAUCGCGAUUUAAUAAAUUUUCUAAGAAUGUUGAAUUUUUGAUAAUUCCGCAUAUUAGCAAAGCAAUGCCAUCUGCUCCUAUUGAUAUCGCCGGGCUGGAAAUACCGAAAAAUAUCGUUUUAGCUGACCCAGAGUUUUGUAAACCGUCCUCAGUAGAUGCACUUAUAGGAGUCAAUCUUUUUUACAAGCUUUUAAGUGUCGGACAAAUUAAAUUGAAAAAUCACCCGGAGGCAAUUUUGCAGAAAACUCAGCUCGGAUGGGUGGUCGCUGGGGGCUUAAACCCUUCUUUUAAGAAACCCAAUUUAUCCUGUCAUCUUAUUUUCAACAAUCAAGCUAAUGAUACUAAUCUUACCCGAUUUUGGGAAAUAGAAGAGCUUCCUGCUGCUAAAAUUUUAUCUCCCGAAGAGCAGUUGUGUGAGGAGCAUUUUCUUCGCAAUACUACCAGGGAUUCCACCGGUCGAUACACGGUGCGGCUGCCGUUUAAUAAUAAUGUAAGCAAGCUUGGCACUUCAUACUCUUCAGCUUUGCGGCGUUUUCAAUCGCUUGAAAAACGGCUGGUGCAGGAUAAAGAAAUUGGUAAUGAGUACACUAAUUUUCUGCAAGAAUAUAUAGAUUUGGGUCACAUGUCGCUUGCAACCGAGUCAAAUGCUGAGGACUCGGGGUUCUAUCUUCCUCACCACGCUGUUGUAAAAAAAGACAGCCUGACGACCAAAACUCGGGUCGUUUUCGACGGAUCUGCCAAAACUUCUAGCGGAAUAUCUCUAAAUGACGCUCUCAUGGUCGGUCCCAAGUUGCAGGACGACUUAUUUAUUUUGCUUAUUCGAUAUCGGUCCCAUACCAUUGUUCUCACUGCCGAUAUAGAGAAAAUGUACCGUCAAAUUCAGGUACAUCCUGACGAUACCAAAUAUCAAAAGAUAUUAUUUCGGAGCAAUCCAUCCAAGCCUAUGUCCACUUUCAUACUCAAUACCGUCACUUACGGCACUACUUGCGCUUCUCAUCUAGCCAUUCGUGCUCUGCAGCAGCUCGCUAACGAUGAGGGUCACGCGUAUCCCCAUGCUGCCGUGGCACUAAAACGUGAUUUCUACGUUGACGAUCUUCUUACCGGUGCAAAUACUAUUCCGGAAGCCGAAGUGCUACGCAAUGAGCUAAAUGAAAUCUUGAAGAAAGGUGGUUUCAACUUGCGAAAGUGGGCUUCUAAUGAGCCAUCGCUCUUAUAUAAUUGCGACGAGCAUCCGGUCACGACUCAUAUGUCCCUAGACCCAGACACAGCUAUCAAAACUCUAGGCAUUCAUUGGAAUGCCCGAGAAGACAACAUAUUCUAUAGCGUAAAUGCUUGUAAGCCAAAAGCGGUCACUAAGCGCUCUAUUUUAUCUCAAAUAGCCAAAUUAUUCGAUCCUCUGGGCCUGUUGGGUCCCGUUAUAUUGCAUGCAAAAAUAAUUAUGCAAUCCUUAUGGAAAACUGGGUUGGCUUGGGACGAAUCAGUUCCAGUUGACUUACACACGUCAUGGGCUGCCUAUGUGGAGCAGCUUCCAUUAAUUUCUGCUCUACGUUUCGGUCGUUGUAUUACGAUACCUGAGCCUAUUAACGUUCAAAUGCAUGGUUUCUGUGAUGCCAGCGAAAAGGCGUACGGCGCCUGCCUUUACUUACGAUCGGUGGCUCAAGAUGGCCAUAUCCACGUAAGAUUAAUUUGCUCUAAAUCUCGCGUAGCUCCAGUUAGCUCCAUUUCAUUGCCUCGGCUAGAGCUCUGCGGUGCUCUUUUGCUUGCUCGACUAUUCCAUACAGUAAAGCAAGCACUCUUAAUUAACAUCGAUGAGAUUUUUUUGUGGUCUGAUUCUACAAUAGCCCUACAUUGGCUGAACACUCCCCCGCAUCGUUUAAAAACAUUUGUCUCCAAUCGCGUUGCUGAAAUUCAGAGAUUAACAAGCGUUUGCCACUGGCGUCAUGUGGCCUCGCUGGACAACCCCGCGGAUCUCGUAUCUCGCGGCCAGCUUCCAUCUGAAUUCGUUCAAGGACAGCUGUGGCAACAAGGCCCUUCCUGGCUUUGGAAGGAACAAAUACUAUGGCCUAAGACUAUUUUAACUCAUAUCGAUCUACCUGAUUUAAAACCUGAUACUUCUACCGCCACUUGCAUGAAACUAGAAUUACGCGGUUAUGAUUUAAUCGAGCGAUACGAAUCAUUCGAAAGAGCAACCCGCCUCGUUGCUCACCUUCUUCGUUUCAUUAAUAACUUAAGAUGCAAGGAGCCUCAGCGUAUCCGCGACCAUUUAACUCCUGCAGAAAUGAAUGCUGCGCGAAAUACCAUAAUUAAAUUAGUUCAGAUGGUUUCCUUUGCUACAGAAAUAAAUUGUUUGAGAAAGGGUAUUCCUAUCCGCGAUGGUAGUAAAUUAAUUCCUUUAAAUCCUUUUCUUGAUCCUAAUGGUAUUCUGCGGGUAGGGGGCCGACUUGCGUGGUCGGAAUUACCUGAGGGACAACGUCAUCCAAUACUACUUCCUAGUGAUCAUCACAUCACACGCACUAUCAUACGCGAAGAACACGUACGCCUAAAUCACGCCGGCACUCAAGCUACCCUGUACUCUUUGCGCCAAGUCUACUGGCCUCUAAAUAGUCGUAACACUACGCGGAAGAUUAUACAUAAAUGUUUAAAAUGUUUUCGAGCCAAACCUAAACUCGCUGAUCACGUUAUGGGCGAUCUGCCCUCCUACCGAGUAUCCCAAUCACGUCCUUUCCUGCACGUUGGUGUUGAUUACUGUGGACCGUUAUAUAUGAAAGAACGCAGGCAUCGUAAUCGUCAAAAACUUAAGGUCUAUGUCGCUGUUUAUGUAUGUAUGUCUACGAAAGCGGUUCACCUCGAAUUAGUCACCGAUCUUACUACAGAGGCUUUCAUAGCUAGCCUCAAGCGCUUUUUUGCUAGGCGUGGAAAGUCUACUGACAUUUAUUCAGAUAAUGGUACCAAUUUUGUAGGUAACAGUCGUGAGCUCAAUGAGCUAUACACUUUGCUUCAUUCCACUGAACAUAAAACUACGAUGCAACAUUAUAUGCUUCAGCAAAAAAUCAAUUGGCAUUUUAUUCCCCCCAGGGCUCCUCACUUUGGAGGGCUCUGGGAGGCCGCAGUUAAAUCAUUUAAAAAGCAUUUUGUGCGAACUGUAGGUGAUACUCCUUUAACCUACGAUCAAUUAGAAACGUACAUAGUCGAAAUAGAAGCAAUACUAAAUUCUCGUCCGAUUUCUCCAUUAUCCUCUGAUCCUAAUGACAUCCUGCCUUUAACACCUGGACAUUUCCUUAUUGGUGGUCCACUGACAACUUUUCCACAGGUUGAUUUCACUGACACUAAGUCAAACCGGUUAUCUGCGUGGCAGCAUGCCCAACAAAUGAAGCAACACUUUUGGCAGAGAUGGUACAAGGAAUACCUACAUCAGCUCAUCAUGCGUCCAUCUCAUUGCCAAAGGUCAUCCAAUUUAGAAGUCGGUACACUGGUUUUGAUUUCAGAAGAUAAUCUGCCACCGCUUCAAUGGCCUGUGGGCCGCGUUAUCACAGUUCAUCCCGGUCGAGACGGUGUCGUACGAGCCGCGACAAUCAAAACUGCCAAAGGGGAAUACGAGCGCUGCACCAAAAAGCUGUGCCCGCUGCCAUUCGAAGACGACUCCACGGCUCAUCAAGAUUGA